GGAGCAAAUGUUAGAAAAUAUCCGAAAUAUGUACAAAAACAGGAUCAAAGAUGCCUGACCUUCAAAGUUCAAACCAAAAAGAAAAUAUUUAAAUAAUAGGGAGCAAAUGUUAGAAAAACUAUAGGAUCCCAUCUGUAGUUUGCCCUUUCUCUUUUUGUCCUUUACAGUUUUAGCCAAUCCUUUCUCGUAUAUACUCUAUAAAUACCAUAUCAUGUACAAGUAUUUAUCCUUUUUCAAUCAUUAACAACAUAUAUCACCUGCUGGUCUGUUUGAGACUGAGGAUUUGUAGAGAGGCAGCUGUUGAAUUAUUUAUUUUAAUGGUGGAACUCUUUUUCCAUUUUCCCUAAACGAGAAAGAGAAGAGAAGAGAAGAGAAGGGGGAAAUGGAUGGACCUCCAGGGAACGAUUGUUGCGCCAUAUGCCAUGGACACUUCAACAUUGCUUGUCAGGCCAAUUGCUCUCAUUGGUUUUGCGGUGAUUGUAUUAUGCUUGUUUGGCAUCAUGGAUCUGUACUCCAGCCAUGUAAAUGUCCGCUGUGUCGUCGACAGAUUACAUUGUUGGUUCCUGGUGAAGCUUCAUUAAGGGAGCGCAAUGAUCCUCAUGUUGCUGAGGUUCUUGGAAAAAUUGAAAGAUACAAUCAUCUUUUUGGUGGAAAUACCAGUAGUCUUGUUCAGAGAAUGCAAGACCUUCCAUUUCUUCUCCGGAGGUUGUUGCGAGAAAUAAUGGAUCCCCAAAGAUCUCUUCCUGUGGUCAUCAAGGCACGUGUCUACAUUGCAAUGGUAUUAAGUGCUGUCUACAUCAUCAGCCCUGUAGACAUUAUUCCAGAAGGAAUUUUGGGAAUAGUUGGUCUCUUGGAUGAUCUCCUCAUAGUGCUCAUCUGCUUUCUUCAUGUUGCUGCCAUCUACCGGUCAGUGCUCUAUUAUCGUCAUGGAGGUUCUUGAACAGAACAUGAGGCAUGAUAUGUUUAUAAGUUCUUCCGUAGAAAUCUAAACAUGUUUUCACUAAUUGCGGAGGAAGGCUUUUUUGUAUAUGCUAGUACCUUUUUUCCACUCCUGGUGAAAUAUUGAGUUCAUAUGUAUUUGCUUAUACACGUCUUUUUCUACGUACAAAAUCACAGGUGUAGUGAUUGCAUUGAUGAGAGAGUAGAAAUAUCCCUUUUGUUUGA